CCUAUUACAUAUAAUUUUUUUAUAGUAGGAGCCUAUAUUUUAUGGAAAAUGUAUUUGUUGAUAUGUAGGUACCUACCUCGUGCAUAAUUAACAUAAUAACAUGUCAAAAAGAGAACAUCGACAAGAAAUAAUAUACACUUUAUUAUUGUUAUUUAUUUUUUAGAAGGUCACAACAUUUAAAGUAAAAAAUAAUAAUGAAUCUAUGUACUUGGCCGAUUCAAUCGAAUUUGAGCCGGCAAGAACGCCAAGAAUAUUUCCAAACAAAAAAGCAACUUUUACAGUUAUAUUUUCUCCGAAAUCUGAACUCAUACAAAAUACAUUAGAGUACUUCACACUAUUUUCGACAGACGAUCAAAUUAAAACGAUUAAUGAGGAAGUUGCCGAGUGUGAAUCACUACAGAGUGAACACGGUGAUGUCAAGAUAAUACAAAAAGUCACAGUAUGCGUACAGGGAUCAUGUUACGGUAAUUACAGCAGUUAGUCACUAAUUAGUAAAUAUUAAAUAUUGAAUUGUAGUCAUCAAUUAUAACGAAUUAAAAAUUAAUCAUAUAGGUGUUUACAUACGUAUUAUACAAAUUUCGUAGGGUUUCGUAAAAAUAUAUGGUGAAAUGGGCGAAUAUAACUAUGAUGACACCAUUUUAGUUAGGUAUAGUUAGAACUGUAUAGUAUAAACAUAUAAAGUAGAGUACAUUUAUUAUAAACAUUAGUACACUAAUGCUAUAUUAUAGCGUGUGUAUACGAAAGAAUCGUAGGGACCAUUUUGUACUAAUGUUCAAUAAAAGAUAUUAUUAAAUUACCAAUACAGUACACAAUAUGCAAUUUGUAUUUGCCUAUUACAUUAAGGCCCAUCGGUGAAAAUUUCACCAACCAAAGUGUACAUGUGUCGAUCGGGAGGAGAUGGGCCAUCUAUCAAAUCCGUAAAUCUAAUAAACAGUUCCAAAAUGCCUGGGCAGUAUCACGUGCAAUACGAUUGGGAAAAUUGUCCGAUAAUAUGUCAUCCGUCGUUUGGAGUUGUCCAAAAUCGUGUUCAGAUAAAAUUGGAACUGAAACCCGUUCAAAUUGGAUAUUACUACAAACGACUUUACAUUCUGAUCGCGUACCACCAUCCCGUUUACGUUGACAUAUACGCAUUUUCUGGUACAAUGAAAAUGGAUCCGUUUUCGUACUUCAGGUCACCGUUUGGACCAUUGCCGAAAUCCGAAAACAGAUACGCCGAAUUCUUUAAAGAUGUCGCGCACCCAAGGAACGAUAGACAACACCAAGUAACCGUGUUACCGAAAGAAUUACGAUUCGGUUACGUUAAGAAUGCAAAAUCCAUGGUAUUUAACGUACGCAAUGAUUCCGACACGCCACUUUACAUAAAUUGGAUACAAGGUUAAGUAUUAAUUAUAUUUGUCGAAAAUUAUCUUGUACCCAUAACCAAAAAUCUGUCCAGUACAGACGUACAGUCAAGUAUGCACAUAUCACAUAUUAUUAUCAAAUGGACUAUAAUGGUUAAAUAGUAUUAUUUGUUACAAAACUUUAUUUUUAAACACGCGUUCGAUUAAUUCUCAGUAAAACGCAUAAAAAAAUAUAAAAAAAUAUAAAUUUUCGCAUGAUUUUCAACUAUUUCUAUUUAAGUAUUUAACAAUAUUUUCUUUGAUUAUAAACGAAUAUACGGUUGUCAAAUCUGAAUGACAAAUUUAAUAUAAUUUAUCACAUAUUUAUUUACUUCAACUAAUAUCAUUACUUUAGGUAGGUACUCUGCUAUACCUACCAACAUUUCAUUUUAUUACAAAAACGAGUUGAUAUUAUCUACUUCAGUACUUUCUGUAACCUGUAAACAAACUAGUGGUAGGAGUCUAAUUAUUACACUAAUUAAGCACCCAUAUUACACAUACCUAUUGGUUAUUGGCCUUAUUGUGUAAUUCAUACUUUAAAAAUGUAUAUUAAUAUUUUAGCCCCUCAAGUUAAUCAUAAUAUAUAGAAAACAAGAUAUCAUAUUGAAUGCAAACACAAAUUACAAGACCUGGUAGCCGUGGUUAACAACGAUUUGCACUAUAGACUUAAAUAGCUCUUAUACCUAAAUAUUAACUUGGUGUAUAUAAUAAUAUAUUCUCUCUCAUACACAGAAGACAGUAAUGAUAACCCGUUCGCGAUAAGUCCAAAACAGUUUUAUAUCGGUAGCCGCCAUACGAAAAGGCUGAAAUGCGUUUUCCGACCAAAAAUUGUUUCGAAUAUUUACUUUGUCGAGUUCGAAGCAACCGUCCAUUUCGGAGCCGCCAACCUUCCACGACCGUUGAAUUGUUACACUAAGUACGACGCAUUUCCGAAGCCCAGAUAUGUCGCUCCGAUGAGCAUUUCAAUAACGGUCACCGGCCAUUCUUCCGAAAAUCCUUUUACCGGAUGGAAAUCGACAUGUAAACUCAAGAACAGCGUGAUAGUAAUGCCGCCGACUGUACCGGCUUCUAAGCCCACAUUUGCCACGCUGUUGAUUAAAAGAAUCGUCCGAGUGCCGACGACGUUUGAAUUACGACCGCCUAAUAAAUCAAUGUUCUUAGCAAAACCCAUGAUGGGAAUGAUAAAUAGCGAUUAUCAAAUUGUAGUGUUUCAACUGAUGAAAACGAGCAAUAAAGAGUCACUUUUCGCCGAACAGUGGAGCAUAGUGUUCGAUGGUUUCAAAAAUAAUUCGGUCACCAUAGACAUCUACGCGAGCGCGGAAUUCGGGUGCUUGACGAUCGGCGAGCGGAAUCGCGUGGAAGUGCCGAAUGACGUCCAAGUGGGGUGUGAAAUGCGGGACGAGUGCGUACCGAUAGUCAACACGACCAGACAUUGGUUGCGGUACUGCAUAGAUGUGAGCGGUGAGCAUCACUCGGUAAACAACGAGCUGAUGGAGUUUCCGACCACUAAACGUCGUUAUUCGUGGGGUUCGUUGGUCGAGCAAGAAAUCGUUGACGAAGAGAACGGUGUCGAAUCGGAAAUCGACGUCGGAUCGGAAAACGACGACGGAUCGGAAAUCGACGUCGGAUCGGAAAACGACGACGGAUCGGAAAUCGACGUCGGAUCGGAAAACGACGCCGGACCGGAAAAUCAUGCCGCACCGGAAAAGCACGUCGGACCGGAAAAUUACGCCAGAUCGGAGUACGCCGAACCGGAGGGGGAAGACGGACAUGAAGAUGACGACGAGGGUUCGUCGACGGUGACGAAUCGGAGUUAUGCCAUGUAUUCAAUCACAUCUUCGAUGGCGUCUCCAACGAAGUUCGGACGACAGUCGUCGAUGUGGCGAGCCGGACUUGAGAAGACGACGCCGUGGCCGUUCGUGUUUGAGUUCGAUUCGGUAGUCGGCGAAUUGGGACCCAACGAGAGACGCAACUUGGGGCUGUCUUUCCGCCCGAUGGCGAACCUGACGUACACGGCCGACGCGACGUGCUAUUUGACGUGCGACCGCGACGACUAUCCCAAAAUCGUCAACGCGCUACCCGUCACCAUCAACGGCACCGGAUGCAGAACGCAGUUCCAGAUAACGCCAGAAAAUUGCUAUUUGAACAAUAUGAUAGUAAACGUGAAAAGAACACAACGAUUUAUAAUUGAAAAUAAAAAUCGUUCUUACGCAAACAUUAAAUUUGUUAUAACUCCAGCAAGUUCUAUGAUUUGGCCUACACCUACUUGUAAAAUAAAUCCACAAACUUUUCGAUUCACGCCUCAGCAAAAUCAGUGUAAAAUGGAUUUAUCUAUGUACCCUACAGAGUUGGGAUUUCAAACGUUUUUCGUCAACAUACAGUUAGAUCCUAAAGUGGAAUCUUAUCCGGAAAACGAGAAUACAAUAACGGUUAGUAUGAACGUCAUAACGUGUGCACUGCAAAUCUUAAGAAUAUCUAACGAUUCUAUACCUUAUUUCGGAAGAUUGACUUUGAACAAGCUUUUUCACUGCCUAAAGAUAAACAAUGAACUCGGUGAAGUUUAUAAAAAAAAUAUAUCACCGUUAAUAUGGACUAUACCUGUAAUUUCUGAAUCGAGCACUUUUGACAUUCAGUUAUAUAAUUAUUCUAAAGUACCAAUUAGUUGGGAAAUAAAAUACAACGAAUGCAUAAAAUGCACAUCGGAGAACAAACACAAUAAUAAUAAUAAUCAUAAGAACUGCAUUACUAUUUCCAAUAAAUGUGUGCACUACAAGAGUAUAAGAAUCACUCCAACUGUAAACUUGAAAGUAAUUCAAAACAAAUUUCUUUGUAAUUACUAA